CUCACUCCACAGCCACCCCGACUCUCUAGUACCCAACUCUCGUGGUAGCAUUCACUCUCUUUCCAAAACUCCACUGCUACUCUGACAAUCUCUUUCCCAAUCCCCGACUCUGAAGCCCUUGACCACGAAUCCACCGCCUCCGAGAUCUCUCUGGUACCCCUCUGAUUCUCCCCUAGUCGAGCGAGCUAGGCGCUGGGAAUAAAGUCGGCCGCCUAGGCGGCCUAGGCGGGGCUGGGCGGCUCUGGAAGGUCGGAGCCUAGGUGCUUUCUCCCUUUCUGGGUUCGAAAUCAAGAAGGAACGCCGCUCCUCGAUCAGUCGAUUCUCAGACUCUCAGUCUGGCAACCUCCGAGAAAGCAUAAAGCCUCCAAGGAGAACCCGCCUCCGCCUUAGAUCUCAUAUAUACGGCCUCGGAUUCAAAGCCUUCGGCGGCGGCCAAGUUGAAUAGUUUGUUGUUGCCACGGCUACCGCCAUUAAAUCCUCUCACGGAAGCUUGAGAUGCUUCCUGAGAACAUUAACAAAGAGGCCUGAGAUGCAAAGCAGCACCACCGGGUCUAAAGGCGAGUUGGGCCGGAUCAUCUGCCUCCUCUACGCCACCUACCACCCCAGAAAUCAAUACCUCCUCCACCUCGACCGCUUUGCUUCCCAGACUGACCGUGACCAGUUAGCCCUCAAGGUCCAAUUUGUUCCCAUUUUCAGAGCCGCCCAGAAUGUCCAUCUCAUCGGUAAAGCUGACUUUGUCUACCGAAAAGGGUCGUCUUCGAUCUCGUUCACUCUCCACGGCGCGUCGAUUCUGCUCCGGUUGUCAACCAAUUGGGACUGGUUCAUAAGCUUCACUGUUGAUGACUACCCACUUCUCAAACAAGACGAUCUUCUUCACAUUAUGUCAUUCAUGCCCAAAGAUCUGAACUUUGUGAAUCAUUCGAGUUACAUUGGCUGGAAAGAGUCGAAGAGAUUGAAACAGGUCAUUGUUGAUCUGGAGCUUUAUCUUUCUGAGAAAAAUGUGAUGUUCUAUGCGGUACAGAAAAGGGUGUUGCCUAAUGCUUACCGGUUGUUUACAGAUAUUGGAGUUUCUGAGAGAUGGUGACAAAUAUGUGGCAGAGUUGAUGGAUAUUGGGAAACAGUUUCUAGGGAGUUGCCUGCCACAAAGCUGGAAUACUGGACUGUUCAAAAGCAAAAGCAUGUGAAUUUGAUUCAUGAGAAAACUGGCAACUCAAGUGGAGAAGCUAUCCCAUCUGGUCUGCCAGGAGGUACCUGGAACUCUACUUUCUCUGAAACUCUCUGGCCUUGAGAUCAAUGAGUUCAAUUUCAUGUCAUGUAGAUGUUUUGUAUCUCUUACUUGAAGUUCGAAGGCAUAUAAACGAGUAAUGUAUACUCCUCUUUAUCAAACACGACCAUAUUCUGGUUUUUAUGGUCUGGUUUUACG